UCAAGGAAAAACUCAAAGAGGUUUUAAAGGUGAAGCUAAAAGAAAGGAUACAUAUGAAAAAAAUGCAGACUAAUGAUCACAACGGAAUCAAUACUACUGGUAGUAACGUAAAAGACGUAAAGGAUGGGGUGGACAAUGGUGAUGGUGGGAGCAAUAAAGACGUAAUGGAUCGUGAAAGCGCACCUGAUAACGCACCAACUAAUCUCUUUCGUCCCUCCCCACUUCCGUGCAUUGUACCCGCUACCACGGCAUCCACAACCACCCAAAUAAAUACUAUUACUCCUAAAAAAUAUACAACUAACAUAAAAAAGAAAGGUACAAAGUCACCAAAUACUUUUGAGACUUCAGCAUUAG